AUGAUUCGCCAGUUGCAAGUACUUGGAAUCAAAUGCGAUAACCAUCCUUCAGUUCGUAUCAGUUGCAGAUUCAGGGCUGUUGCACGUACGGCAACUCGUGCAGUUUUGCGUGCGUUUUCUCCGUAUCCGAUUGAGAUCCUUCCCAGAAAACUGCAAAGCAGAUACUUUUCACCGGUUAACGCGUUCACCAGAAUAGGUACGAUCAUAAGAGACCACAAUAUUCUGAGGCCUCAGCCAGUAGUAGAUCUUCUGGCAGUCAAUCAAAAGAAAGUACGACUACAAGUUAAUUUUCAAACGUUUUUUGGGAAAGUGAUGUAUUUGAUUUCAAAUUCGGAAAUUAUCAAAUUAAUUUUUGUGAUUAUUGAUCGCAAGUAUAGCCCAUUGAAAGAAAAAACAUUUCCAGAGGCAUCUCUAGGAGCUAAGUUACCGGAAGGUGCAGCAGCGAAAUGUUCUGUAGCUCCAGAACACAAACUGUCGGCAUCUGCAGCUGAAUUUGUACCGUCAUGGAUGAAAGCACCACAAGUUGAACAAACUUAUGCCAAUGCGUCUGGGUCAACCCCUGUCUUGCCACUCUGUCCGUAUUUCGAGGCCGGAAAUUGUGAGAAAGGUGAUGAGUGUGAGUUUGUCCACGGAAUGGUUUGUGAUAUGUGUAACUAUGCGUGUCUGCAUCCAGCAGACUCCGAGCAACGUGCACAGCACAAACGUGAAUGUAUGGCUGCACACGAGGCAGCUAUGGAAGAGGCCUUCGCUGAGGCACGAUCAGCGGAUAAAGUGUGUGGAAUCUGUAUGGAAUCAAUCAGAGAACGUGAUGCGCGUUUCGGUAUUUUGGAGGGGUGUCGUCACUGCUUCUGUUUGGAAUGUAUUCGCAAAUGGCGUCGCAACCAGAGUGAAGAUUUCGAGAAGGAGACAGUUCGCAGUUGUCCGGAGUGUCGUACACAUUCGGAUUUCGUUAUACCUGCAAAAUAUUGGGUAGAAGAUGCGAAUGAUAAGAAGAAAUUAAUUGAUGACUUUCGCGCGAAUGCAAAACAGAAGAGGUGCAAAUACAUGAAGAAAGGGAAUGUGGACGAUUGUCCGUUUGGUAAUAAGUGCUUCUAUAAACAUCAGCUACCGGACGGCACAGUUGUCGAAGGCAAGAGUCCCCGUCAACUGAGACGUAACGCAGCACCUCGGUUAAUGUUUCAUAUUUGA